GUGCAAGCAGAUGUUUUGCCUCUGAAGCCAAUUCUCAGCGCAUUCGGACAAGGUAUUCUUUCACGCGAAGCCAACAAAGUGACGGCAAAGAGAAGAAACUGCCCCCUGGUACGGUCUGGAGUAGACAAAGACUGUUUAGUGACUGGAUAGUGAUUCACAGAGAAGAGAAGCGGCGACGAGCGCGAAGCAGCAGUUAAUUUCCCUACACCUGUGAUGCGUUGUUCUGAGCAACGAGGACGCACGAGCGGGAUACAGAUGGCCACAAAUCGGCACGAGGAUAUGUGUUGAGGAGAAGAAUUGGGCGUUGUAAAGAAAAGGCGUAAAGUGCCACAGUGGACACUCUCCGGACCUGCACCAGCCCAGUGCGCACUGCUCUUUCUCCGCUCUUUGCCUCUUGAAAGUUGGUUGAUUAAACCCCACCAAGAUGCCCUUACUUCUGGGCCCCUUUGUCCGCUCUAGACUCGGCGCUACGCUCCUCGUGGUCUGGCUUCUUCUCGACGGCUUCACCUGCUCUGGUUCAGAACACACUGCUACAUCUACGCUGCCCUCCUCCUUCACAGACCUGUUUCCUCACUUCCUGGUGGAGCCAGAGGACGAAUUCAUAGUGAAGAACAAACCGGUGACUCUGACGUGCCGCUCCACUCCAGCCACACAGAUCUACUUUAAGUGUAAUGGAGAGUGGGUGCACCAAGACGAUCACCUCAUCGAGAGAUCAGUGGAUCCAAACACAGUGCUGCCCGUUAUGCAGGUGACAAUAGAAAUCACCAGACAGCAGGUGGAGAAGGUCUUUGGACUGGACGAGUACUGGUGUCAGUGUGUGGCAUGGAGCACAACGGGAACCCAGAAGAGCCAAAAAGCCUACAUCCGGAUUGCUUACCUAAGAAAGAACUUUGAGGAGGAACCACAGGGUAAAGAGGUGGCAUUGGACCAGGAGGUGUUACUGCGCUGCCAUCCCCCCGAGGGAGUGCCACAGGCUGAGGUGGAGUGGCAGAGAAACGAGGAUGUUAUUGACCCAGUGAGCGACCCCAAUUUUUUCAUCACUGCUGACCAUAAUCUCGUCAUCAAGGCCCGGCUGGCGGACACGGGCAACUACACAUGUGUGGCCAAAAACAUCGUGGCACGCCGCAAGAGCACCUCAGCGACCGUCCUGGUCUAUGUGGACGGAGGUUGGAGCGAGUGGAGCAAAUGGUCAGCAUGUGGAGCAGACUGCUCCAUGUGGAGGACCAGAGAGUGCACCCAGCCCACACCUGGCACAGGGGGCAAAGACUGUCAGGGCGUCGACAUCCAGUCCCUCAACUGCACCAGCGAGCAGUGCCCCCAGACUGUGAGUGGAGCAGAAGACGUGGCUCUGUACGUGGGCAUGGUGGCAGUGGCUCUGUGCCUGACCCUGCUCCUGAUCGUGGUGGUCCUGGUGUACCGCAGAAAGAAGGAGGGUCUGGACGCUGAUGUGGCCGACUCGUCCAUCCUCACCACUGGCUUCCAGCCGAUGGGCAUCAAGCCCAGCAAGCCAGAAAAUUCCCAUUUGCUCACCAUCCAGCCUGAUCUAACCACAACCACCACAAGUUAUCAAGGCACGCUGCGAUCACGGCAUGAAGGCACAGGGAAGUUUUCCAUGUCCAACGGCCCACUCUUGGACCCACUCCCAAACGGAUCACACACGCUGCACAAUGGGAAGCUAAACCAGGAGCACGCAGAGUUUGUGAGUCGCCUGACCACUCAAACCUACUUUAAAACAUUGCCUCGGGACAUUGCCAACUCCUCCUAUGGAACGUUUAACUUUCUGGGAGGAAGACUGACCAUUCCCAACACAGGGAUCAGUCUGCUCAUCCCUCCCGAGGCCAUCCCCAGAGGCAAGAUCUAUGAGAUUUACCUCACCGUGCAGAGAAGGGAAGAUUUAAGGUUGCCUCUGGCUGGCUGCCAGACCCUGCUCAGUCCUGUGGUGAGUUGUGGUCCUCCGGGGGUGGUCCUCAGUCGCCCUGUGAUCCUCAGCAUGGACCACUGCUCCGACGCUUGCCUGGACAACUGGGCUGUGCGACUCAAGAAGCAGAACUAUGAUGGCGCCUGGGAGGACGUCCUGCUGAUGGGCGAGGAGCCGGUGGCAGAGCCCUAUUACUGCCAGCUGGAGGCGGAGACGUGCCGGCUGUUUGCGGAGCAGCUGGGCACCUUCGCUCUGGUGGGAGAGUCUCUUCACAUGGGUGCUGCCAAACGCCUCAGACUGGUGCUCUUCUCAGACGCCUACUGCUCCACACUGGAGUACAACAUCCGGGUGUACUGCAUGGAUGAUACGCAGGAUGUGUUCAAGGAGGUGAUGGAGAUGGAACGGCAGCUUGGUGGGCGCCUGAUUGAUGAACCUCACGUGCUGCUUUUCAAAGACAGCUACCACAACCUCCGUCUCUCCAUCCACGACAUGCCCCAGGCGCACUGGAGGAGCAAACUGUUGGCAGGAUACCAGGAGAUCCCCUUCUACCACAUCUGGAACGGGUCCCAGCGGUACCUGCACUGCACGUUCACUCUGGAGCGCCUGAGCCUGAGCACCUGCGAGCUCACCUGCCAGCUGUGUGUUUGGCAGGUGGAGGGGGAGGGCCAGACGUUCAGCCUUGACUUCAACAUCGCCAAGGACACCCGGGCGCUGGACUCAGAGUUUAUGCUCAUGGACAGUAGCAGCACAGCCCUGGCCGGUCCCAGCGCCUUUCAGAUCCCGUACCUCAUCAGACAGAAGAUCUGCAGCAGCCUGGAUGCCCCCUGCCCCAACGGAGCUGACUGGAGAAUGCUAGCACAGAGACUUAAACUGGAGAGACACAUGAGUUUUUUUGCAUCCAAAGCAAGCCCCACCUCAGUGAUCCUGGACCUUUGGGAGGCGCAGCAUUUCCACAGCGGCAACAUCAACCAGCUGGCCACUGUCAUGGCCGAUAUUGGCAAACAGGAAGCCAUGAUAUUCCUAGUCUCAGAUGGAGAGUGCUAACCCAAAAACAGUUGGAACUAUUGUUUAAAUGGGGAAAUGUUCAAGUCAAAAAUAAGUGUGUAAUGCCCAAAUGUUUUCUCUUUUGAAGAGAGUCAAUGCUUUUGUAGGGAUUCCCUGCCAUAACAGAACAAGCAUUUUAAAAUAACCAAAUGGUCAAGUCUGUUGUGUGAAAACUGUAUUCAUAAAACCAGUUCAGUAACAAAAAUAUUUCCAUCCUCAAAAUGCCAUUCAAACAUCCUGAGAAGCCUUCUGAAGAGUAGAGUAACUUGCCUUUAAAAAUGCUAUAUCGAGCAAUAUGCAAAAUCAUAUAUUUUCUAUGGCCAAUACAAUACUGCAAAUUAAAUGAUAUUAAGAAGGGGUGAGACGAUCAGGUUUUAGAUGAUUUAUGCAACUGGCAGUUUAUCCUGAAUCACUGUUUUUACAGAGGUCAUCAGGGUCUGUGAACUACUCACCAACACGGCUUUAGUCCAGGCCGCAGCUCUCAUGCAUUUGUAGAAGGUGCUGGUCUCUGCUUGUAGUGCAUCUGUUUUUGAAUGUCCAAUGACUAUUGCUACAGUAACAUUGUGGCAUCAUCUUAUAUGUUUAGUGUUGCUGCUCUAAUAGGAGUAGUGUAUUUUGUAUUCAACAUACAAAUUGUAUUAAUUAUUAAAUUAAAUUUAACAUUGAUGACAAAAUAUUUCCAAAACAUUUCCAAAUUAUGUUAAGACAAUUAUAGAAUUGCUUCUCUUGUAGAAUCCCAUUACUUAUGUGGUCAUAAUGUUAUGGUUCAUUGCUCUGUAAAUGGACAAUAAAUUUAGUCAAAAACACAUCACAAUGUUGUUGGAGCAGAACAUAUACUCUACCUUCCACAAAUAAUAAAGCACUUGCCUCCACUCAAGUGCCAACAAUUUCCUUCAAAUGAAUUGAGAUGAGAUGAUUUGGUUUGAAGCCUAAAGCCAUGUUGGGGGGUUGGGGAGGGGCACAGCGUUCGAUUUGUGGUAAAAGCUUAUUUCCACAUCAGAGAAAAUGCCUAUCUCUCAAGAAAAUUCAAGUGUCUCAUUCAUAACGUCACGCCGGUGCUCACAAAGAUGCUUUGAAAGUCCUUUUCAAGAAGUUAAUUUAGAAAAGGAAAAGCGAAAUAAUCCCAAAUUCUCAGUCACCACUGCUACCAUACAUGUCUAAUGUUCAAGGUUUUCUGUCAGAACAUUUGUCUGCUCGCUUGUCCAGUGACUCCUUUGAGAAGGUCUGAGCAAUCCUAAACUAGCCAUAGCUCUUUGUCUGUCUCAGGGUUGCAUGUGAAGUGUCUGUUCAGUAGAAAGAGCCUUCAGUGAAGUCCCAGCUUUAGUUCACCUCCAUCAGAAGCACCACGAAGAUUGUCUGAUAUCGGGAAUGUACAAGUGUCAUGUCAUAGGAGAAAAUCUUACACAGUUUCCUUUAAGUUGCUUUUUUAUGCAAUCUCACUCGUUUUUUAUAAUGAUUUAAACUACCUUGAGCAUUUUAUUAAUGUUAAUGUGGAGAUGCCAUUAAAAUGAAGGCGUCCACUUUCCUAAUGAUGCCCUGUUUCCAUAAAGUGCUGUUAUUGCCCAAACUAAAACUUUCCAUGAAAAUGAAAUGUCACAUUUAAAAUGUAAAUACUUUUUAUAUAGCAGCCAUGUGCUGUCACUUUGCAUACUGUAUAUCAGCAAAUUGGUAACCAAAGUCCACCACAUCCUCCCUUUUACAUUCACAUGUCACAGUAAAGAGUCAAUAGCUGUUCAUUUCUGUGUCAAAACACCAUUUGUGUGCAGGAAUCUGUUUAUUUUAUGACUUUGUAAAGAAAUGUAUAUUAUAUUUUAAUAUGAAGCCAAAAAAAGACACUUAAGUGGUGCAGCAUUUGUCAAGUCAAAUUGUGACGUGUUUGCCUAUAUCCUGUUCUUUGGCGAUCCAGCGGUGAAGACUUUCUGCAGUGUUAAGGAUUUAGAGACUGUUUUACAAGUUUCUACACAUUUCAUUGCAUCCUUACUCUGUAUAUGUCUGAUUAUUUGUAUAACUGUUAGCAUCUACAAAUGAACCCAAUGCUUCAUGAGUCACUGCUAGGGAUGUGUGAGCUAAAGGACAGAGCUGGAUGCUGACAGCAGCGACGCAGCGAGUCUGCAGCCAUGGCAGAUGUACAGUCAGACUGUGUGUUCUCACCCCUGUCAUUGUCUUGGAUGUGUUGUCUAAGCACAUUUAAGUAAUGUAAUUCACCAGCGCAGGAUGUUCAGCCUCUGCUCACGUCUCACAUGCUCUGCUCAGACUGCUGAUCAAACCUGGGCAGGAACACGUCACUUCGCUUUUGUUUAAGGGGUCGUCAUCUCACUCCAGUGUGGGGGAAUAAUCCAUCUCACUCUAUUGUCUGCUCUGUGUCAUUAAUAUUCAGUGUCUAUGAUGUGUGUUUGAGGGAGUUUGGGUUUGUGCCAAGCUCUGGUCACUGACUAAACUAAACUUUUCUAGUUUUGAAGUCAAAUCAGUAUCUUCUGUACCUGUGGAUGUUUCUCUUUUGUUCCAGGAUUCAUGUUUCUUGCCUUUCUGCAAGUCAAAAAUGCUGUAUUUAUUACAUGCCACAGCGCUUAUGCAAUUGUAUAAUCCUUUUCUGUUUUUUAUUUGUUUUUUAACCUUUUGUGUUUCUUAUUGUUGAUGUAAAUUGUUGUCAGAACCUUUUGUGGCAAUGGAAAACUUCUGCUAAAGGAGAUUUUCUGUACCUUUUGGACAAUGAUAUGGAUUUGUGGGUAGAAUUUUGAAAAUUCGUUUCUAAGUGCUUUCAAGUAUUUACUUGGCCUUAUGUAUAUAUCUAUCUAUGACAUUUCAGAAAGGUAUGUAUAGUAAUUCAACCUGAAAUCGGUGUAAAUAAAUUAUAUAUUGU